AUGUCCGGUCUCGACUUGUCACGCACUGCCUGCACACGGUGUCGUGACCAGAAGCUCAAGUGUAGCCGCGAGUAUCCCAUCUGUCUCCGCUGCAGAAGACUUCACGGACACUGUGUCUAUCCGCGGCCGCAUGACCGUAGUAGACAGAGGGCCGAGCGAGCGCUCGCGGACGCCUCUACCUUGCUUGAGUCAACGCAAACCAGGAAAUCUCAUCUCGAGCCUCAGCCAUCGCAGGGAGAUUUUCCCAGCUCAGACUUGAUCCGUCAGCAUUCAUCACAGCACGAGCAGGCUCACCCAGGGUUUUUCAUUCUACCUGGACAGCAUGGACGGACAAGAGUAGAUGUGCAUGUGUCACCCAAAAGCACAGAGGGACUGAGGACGGUGGCAGACAUUCCAUCUGAUUCGUACCCUCACCAGCUCCGGGAUGCCCAAUACAACAGAGACAACGAUCAAGCAGAUCAUACACCACGCUCUGGCGACCCUUCGCUCCCACCGCUCUCGGCCGGACUUGGACUCCUGGAAAUAUACUUCUCGCGGGUUUACAACGCAAGCCUCCUUUUUUGGAAGCCACUCCUGUUCCAGCAGUAUGUCGAGGGCAAGAUACCCGCGUUUCUACUUCGCGCGAUUUUUGCGCUCUCGGCUUUAUUUGUGGGUUCGGACCAGCGUAACUUGGAGGGGUACUCCGAGCUCCGUGCUCUAGGUGCUUUCCGUCAUCGCAGUCUUCCUUGGGCCCAAGCUGCUGCUCGAGAAGCAUGCUCCCUCGCAACACUCGAUCCCUCGCUCGAAGUAGUCCAGACUCUAGAAUGUCUGACGUUGUAUUGGUUUGGAACAGGCCAGUCCAAGAGUGGCGAUCUCUCUCUCGCGCUUGCGUAUCGCUGUUGCUGUGUUCUGGGUUUCAAUCAAAGCAAAUCCUCACGGUCAGAAAGCCCUAAAGCCUCACUAGAUGCGGAAUUGCAACGACGAUGUUUGUGGGCUUGCUGGGCCUCCAUGUGCAUUGUCGCUGCACCAGAGCCAUACUUGCGCUGUUGGGGGUCAGAGGUCGCAAAAGUUCCUUUACCCGCGCGAAUUGAUCGAGAAGCCUCUGGGAUCAAGAUCAGACACAAACAGUACCUAGACGCAAAUUGGGUGCCCCAUGAUAUACAGGGUCUGGGGGAGGUUGAUCACAUGCUGCCAACAGCUGCCGUAUUGAUGAAAAUGGUCGGUGUCUGGGCGAAAGUCCAGUUAUUCGCACUAGACCGUCAGGCCAGCGAUCCAUCCUCGAAACUCGAAGAGCCGGGCGCUCUAGCAACAUGGGCCGCUUCGGUUCAUGCUUCAAUUUCCUUGGCUCAGCGCCAGAAAAUCCUUGACGAAGCUGAGCUUGGAGAUGUCUUCGAUGAAGCCCACCUGCUUUUUAUGUGCGAUGCCCUUCACAGCCUCUCUCAAAUAACGGUCUACUCCACAAUGGUACCACUCUUCUGUGGUCUAACAGCACAGACUACUGUCGAUAGCUCGUUGGCGCAAUCAAGCGCAAGCGUCGUGGUUGAGAACGCGUGGUUGUUCGCCAAUCAGCUCAAAACCUAUCGCGAAUCUCGUCGAGACGCAACGUACAUGUGUCCACUUAUCGGACAUUGCGCUUUCACCUCCGCAGCAGUUCUUCUCACUUUCGAGUUUGGUCGUAGGAAAAAUGGGUCUGACGGUUUCAUUCCAGGACUCGAAUCCGUCGACACCGUAUUACCCGUGGUACAAACUAACGUCAAGAUUCUUGAUGAACUGUGCAGAUAUUGGGAAGUCCUACGUCGACCUUUCGACAAGAUCUUGGCUGCUCUAGAGUCGCUGACUGCCAGUGCUGGCGCUAGGAUCUCUUCACCGUCAGUAUACAGUGAUAGACCUACUCGUCAACGCCCUCUCCAGGCUCUUGAGGCGCCCUUUCCAACCAACCAACUUCAUACCCCGAGUCAGCCAAGCCACGGUCUUCAAGAGCAGCCGCAUACAAACACCGACAUGCCCCUGCAACCACCUUCGGCAAACAUUGGCCCACAGCAAGCAAUCGAUUGCCUAUCUUUCAACAAUGAACCCCAAGCCAGCAGUGGUGAAAUUCUCCACGAUUCAAACACUCUCGGAAUGGACGACUGGUGGAAUAGUUCCUUCACAGAUGCGGGCUAUGAAAAUCUGGCAGUGCUCGAGCCAAUGAUGCUCUUACGUGGAAAUUGGGAUGGGCUUCAAUAAAACUAUCUAACGACCGCGACACGACUUAUGGCUUGGUCUCGCCACACACGAUGGGUACAUGGUAGGCCGUACCAGUUUUAGCCAAAUGCUGUUGCGAACCAAUCUCUACUGUGGCCAGCCGCGAUGUUCGUAUCGGAUCUCUCUGAAUACAGGCUCAUAUGACUGGUACCAGGAAGGAUCUGUAUGUUCUUGAAUGGAGAAGCGACCUUACUGAAAGCCUCGAUUUCCAAAUCCCAAGCGGUGAUGUUAUCGCCCUCAGCCACAAUCAUGCAGACCUUUGUAUCCAGAAUUCGUCCGAGGAACGGGAAAACCGAAUAAUUGAGCAACAGUUCUGCCGACUCUGUGGUGCUCCAGUGCUGAUGAAGGGGAGCUUCGUGCUUUUGUAGCUCCAAGAACACUUCGUUCACGCGGGCAAAAGGCCAGACCGAGAGUUCUGUGCCAGGAGUGGUUGUUGCAAACGAUAUCUUGCCGCCGUUACCCUUGCUGCGAGCCCUGCGAUCCCUGAGGAUAUAGUCCUGAAAGUCGCAGAACCGGGUCUCCCCAUGGACUCGCUUCAUAUUGGCGUGACCAUCAACGACAGGCACCACGCUGACGGCCGCCUUGACUCGGCUGUCGAU